AUGGCUUCGGUCCAAGUCAAUCCGGAACUGCCCGGCCACGGCCAGGGUCAGCUGCCUGGAAAUAUCACCCGUGAACAGGUCCAGCGCGUCUAUCAGAGUUACCAACAGAUGAAAUCGCAGGGCGUGCCCGAGACCAACCCCGAGUUCAUCAAGGCACGCAACCUACUUGCCAUGGUUCAGAAACAGAACCAGUAUGUGCAGCAGCAGCGUAUGAAGCAACAGCAGAUGCAGCAGCGCCAGCAAGCCCUUCCCGACCAACCAGCCACACAACAGAAUGGCGCCGCCAUAGGCAUGGCGAACGGCACAAAGCCUACUGUGAACGCUGAUGGCAAGCCCGCUGCGCCCGCGCCGGCCUCGAGCGGCCCUCCAUCGACCAUACAGAUUGCGACUACAGGCGGUCAGGCACCGUCUGGCGACGGUCAGACUCCCAUAUCGGCUACUAGUGGUCCCGCGUCGCUGUCCAAGGAGCAGCUCCUCAUGCUACGCACCCAAAUCGGUGCCUUCAAGCAUUUGUCAAAAGGUCUUCCUCUACCUGCAAACAUGCAGCAGCAGAUCUUUGGUCACCAUCAAGCAAAGAAGCCCAAUAAUGCCACUGAAGCAGUCACUGCGGCAUCUCAACUCCUCGACAAUGCUACACGCUCAUCGAGCGCAAAUGGCGGUGCCGUCCAGGAGCAGCCUAGGCCUCUCCCCCGCCUCCCAGAUACCUUCAUUGAGCCCUGGAAAAGCGAAGCCUUCCGCGAUGUGAACUACAUGUCCCACACGCAACGAAAGAAUCGGCCAUACCUUGCGACCAUCAUGCCGCAAGGUGUUGAUAUCGAUGCAGUGCAGCAAAGCAUGGAGGAGCUGCGCAAAGAGCGUGAGAUCAUUCUCUACAACCGGCUCACAGCGAGGAAGGCAGAGUUGGAGAAGCUCAAUGCGAACAUCGGCUCGUGGGACACCAGCAAGACCGACUCACCCGCAGACGAUGGCAAGGUCAAGCUGGCCCUCAUCAUCGAACAGAAGAAGUUGAACCUACUGGAGAAGCAGCGAAAACUACGGAAAGAAAUUGCGCAACAGAUGAUACACGCCGACAACCUUGCAAUGACCGCUAACCGCACAAUCUACCGACGCCUUAAGAAGCAGUCGAUGCGCGAAGCUCGUCUCACCGAGAAGCUGGAGAAGCAGCAGCGCGACGCUCGAGAAACCAAGGAAAAGAAGAAGCAUCACGAGUUCAUUGACGCCAUCCGCAAGCACCGCACAGAGCUACAGGAGUCUGGCAUGGCACAGCGACAGCGCCUUCAGAAGCUCGGUCGCAUCAUGGUCACCACUCACCAAAACAUCGAAAAGGAAGAGCAGAAACGCAUCGAGCGGACCGCCAAGCAGCGUCUGCAAGCUUUGAAGGCCAACGACGAGGAGACAUACCUCAAGCUCCUGGGUCAAGCCAAGGACACACGUAUCUCGCACUUGCUAAAGCAAACCGAUGGCUUCUUGAAGCAACUCGCCGACUCUGUCAAGGCACAGCAGCGAACCGCUUCCAGCCGCUACGACCACAAUCAGCCCGAGGAAUCGAGCGACGACGACGCAAGCGAAGACGACGAGUCUGAAGGCGAGGUACGACCGGGCAAGAAGCGCACCGAUUACUACGAAAUCGCCCAUCGUAUCAAAGAAGAGGUCACUGAGCAGGCCUCCAAUCUCGUUGGUGGUACGCUGAAGGAGUACCAAAUCAAGGGUCUACAGUGGAUGAUAUCGCUGUAUAACAACAACCUCAAUGGUAUCCUUGCCGAUGAGAUGGGUCUCGGCAAAACCAUCCAGACCAUCAGUUUGAUCACCUAUCUCAUCGAGAAGAAACGACAACCAGGGCCGUACUUGGUCAUCGUACCACUUAGCACUCUCACCAACUGGAAUAACGAGUUUGAGAAGUGGGCUCCUAGCGUUACGAAGAUUGUAUACAAGGGUGCGCCGAAUGCACGAAAACAGUUUCAGCAACAGAUCCGAUGGGGCCAGUUCCAGGUUCUGCUUACGACAUACGAGUUCAUCAUCAAGGACAGGCCUGUUCUGAGCAAGAUUAAAUGGGUACACAUGAUUGUUGACGAGGGUCAUCGCAUGAAGAACGCUGGCUCGAAGCUUAGCAUGACGAUCACACAGUACUACACAACGCGAUAUCGCCUCAUUCUCACAGGAACACCACUACAGAACAACUUGACUGAGCUGUGGGCUAUGCUCAACUUUGUCCUUCCAACUAUCUUCAAGUCUGCCACGUCUUUCGACGACUGGUUCAAUACUCCAUUCGCGAAUACAGGAGGCCAGGACAAGAUGGAGCUUACCGAAGAGGAGCAGUUGCUCGUCAUUCGUCGUUUGCAUAAGGUUCUGAGGCCUUUCCUCCUCCGUCGUUUGAAGAAGGAUGUCGAGAAAGACCUUCCCGAUAAGACUGAGCGUGUUAUCAAGUGUAAUUUCUCCACCCUUCAGGCGAAGUUGUACAAGCAGCUUGUCACCCACAACAGAUUCAUGGUCAGCGACGGAAAGGGCGGCAAGACGGGUAUGCGGGGCUUGAGCAACAUGUUGAUGCAAUUGCGGAAGCUUUGCAAUCAUCCAUUCGUCUUCGAAGAAGUUGAAGAAGUUAUGAACCCAACCAAGGGGACCAACGACCUCCUAUGGCGUGCAGCAGGCAAGUUUGAACUGCUGGACCGUAUACUACCAAAGUUCCACGCCACUGGUCAUCGUGUCCUCAUGUUCUUCCAGAUGACCCAAAUCAUGAACAUCAUGGAAGACUACCUGCGGUUGCGAGGACUGCAAUAUCUGCGUUUGGACGGUGCGACGAAGGCGGACGAUCGUUCUGAGCUACUGAGGUUGUUUAACGCUCCCGACUCGCCGUACUUUUGCUUCCUACUGUCCACUCGUGCCGGUGGCCUAGGUCUGAACCUCCAGACUGCGGAUACCGUUAUCAUCUACGACUCGGAUUGGAAUCCUCAUCAAGAUUUGCAAGCCCAAGAUCGUGCGCAUCGUAUCGGUCAAAAGAAUGAAGUGCGCAUCCUGCGGCUCAUCACCUCUAAUUCGGUUGAAGAGAAGAUCCUUGAGCGAGCCAACUACAAACUGGACAUGGAUGGCAAAGUUAUCCAGGCUGGUAAAUUCGACAACAAGUCCACGAAUGAGGAGCGAGAUGCCAUGUUACGAGUCAUGUUGGAGUCUGCCGAAGCCGCCGAGAGCCUUGAGCAGGAGGAGAUGGACGAUGAUGAUCUGAACUUGAUCAUGAUGCGCCAUGACAGUGAGAUGGAAGUCUUUCAGGAGAUGGAUCGAAAGCGUAUCGCAGAGGAUCCCUACGGCCCGGGCAAACCACUUGGUCGAUUGAUUGGCGAGAGCGAGUUGCCAGAUAUCUACUUGAACGAGGAGGCUCCUAUUGUUGAAGAGAGAGACGAUGGGCCCGUCGGUCGUGGAGCCCGAGAGCGAACGCGCGUCAAGUACGACGAUGGUCUUACGGAAGAACAGUGGCUUGAGGCCGUAGACAACGAUGAGGAUACGAUUGAGGCUGCUAUCGCCCGCAAGGAAGCCAAGGUCGCCAAGCGGGGCAGGAACAAGGUAUCUAGGCCGGGUCUUGACUCUGGAGAGUCACCUGCACCGUCACGAGAGAGCUCAGAGGAGCCUCAACCCAAGAGGCGUGGUCGGAAGCCAAAGCCAGAGAAGCGAAAAGCCGAUGAGGCUUCGCUCGAUGGUGACCUUGCACCGCGUAAGCGCGGCCGUCCUGCACCAUCCAGGGACCCACUUUCCCCAGAUCAGCGUGCGUCUCUUCAGAAAGUCGUCAACAUCGUCUACGAAGCACUCAACGACCUGGAAGAAGAGUCUUCGGACCCUGAUAUCCCUAACCGCGGCAUCAUCGACCCCUUCAUCGAGCUACCUGAUAAGUGGGACUACCCCGAUUACUACCAACUCAUUAAGAACCCUAUCUGCAUGAACCAAAUCAAGAAGAAGAUCAACAAGAAGGAGUACCUUUCCGUCAAGCAGUUCCGCCAGGACCUCGGGAUGCUGUGCAACAACUGCCGCACGUACAACGAGGAUACGAGCUUGCUGUUUGCGGAUGCCAAUCUUAUUGAGCAGACAGCGGUGGACAAGAUGAGAGAGGCUACGGUCGAGCACCCGGAAUGGCAGGACUUUGAUGAUGGCGGUAGUGCGAAUGGGGGCCUCAGCACGAUAACGAGUGCGGUUGGCACUCCGAGGGCUGGUGCUUGA